UUGCUGAUUGUUGAUACCAAGAAAAUAAAUCCCCUUCUUUGCUUUACUGACAGAAACUCUCUAUGAAAUAUUCUUUGAAACCUUCAUGAAACUUUAAGCAGCGAAAGGGGAAAAUUUAUAUCAGAUUGCUUUAUCAACAAAUAAGGAAGUUUUGUAUUCUUUAUUAUUAUGAUUUCAUAAUGGGAAAGUUAUCGCUAGCAAUCCAAUGAUAUUAAGUUAUUUAGAUUCGAAGAGUUCUGAUAAGAUUUCAUAUAAGCUUUUUCUAUAACAUCAUAUUUUCGCAAAUGAUUCCUUCGCGGCAAAAGCUAGAGAUAGUUGAAAUGGAUCCUAGCUGAGUUGCAGGAAAAUAAAUAAAUUCCAACUGUUGAUUUUGUCAUGUUUGCUUCAAGCAGGGAUGCAGAUCAAAUUUAUGAUUUUGAUAAUGAAGAAAAUUCGGGAAAGUGGAAAAAUCUUCUUAUAAACGCAUUAGGAAAGGUCCGAUUUCAAGUGCACCCUUCAUUGAAUGCUAAAGACGAUGCACUACGAUACGUCGAAACGCUGAUUUUUCGCCUCCUGGGAAUGCUUUGUGCUGCUCAACCUCACACCGUACAAGAUGUUGAGGAACGAGUUCAAAAGACUUUUCCCCACCCUAUCGAUAAAUGGGCAAUUGGAGAUGCUCAAAGUGCAAUCGAGAAAGGGAAAAAGAAAUCCCCCCUUGUUUUACCUGUUGAAAAAAUUCACCCUCUCAUUCAAAAGGAGAUAUUGGGCUAUAAAGUAGACUUACAAGUAACACAAUAUAUUGUUGCUGUUCUGGAAUACAUUUCAGCUGAUAUUUUAAAAUUGGCUGGAAAUUAUGUGAAAAAUAUACGUCAUGUGGAAAUAACAUGCCAAGAUAUAAAAGUGGCCAUGUGUGCAGAUAAAGUACUCAUGGACAUGUUUUAUCAAGAUGAUGAUGUUGCUUUAAGUAUUGAAGAUGAACCUAUACAAAGGAAGUCCCUAACUUAUGAUGAAGUUGUUAAAGAUCUUAUCCAUGAAGAAAAACAAUACAUCCGAUAUUUAAAUAUGAUUAUUAAAGUUUUCAGAGAACCUUUUGUUAAAAUAUUGGAAGAAAAAAGCAAAGAACUAGAUACAAUUUUUACCAAUAUUUGUGAAAUUUACGAUUUCUCAGUCACUCUUCUCGGUACAUUUGAAGAUGCUUUAGAAAUGGCUGAAGAAAACUCAAGUCCAUCUUUAGGAGCUUGUUAUGAGGAACUUGCUGAAUCCUAUGAAUUCGAUAUUUAUUAUCGAUAUGCGCAUGAUAUUCUGAUGCCAGCUAGUAGGGAAAAUUUGAUGUCUCUAUUACAUCAACCACAUGUACGGCAUGCUUUGCAGAGUGCUGGACAUGGUUUUAUCCAAGCAGUAAAGUAUGUCUUGCCAAAACUUCUGUUGGGGCCAGUAUUUCAUUGUUUUCAGUACUUUGAUUAUUUAAAAGUUUUAAAAAAGCUGAGCCCAUCUAGUGAAGAUCAAGAAAGUUUGCAGCAAGCUGAAGGAGUUUUUACACGAUUGAGAGCUCAAUUAGAAGAAUUAUGCAGUCCCAUUUUACCUAAAAGAAAGCAGGGGGAAGCAUUUUCCAGAAUGUACUGUAAAAAUAAUCGCCAAGCUUCUAUACAAAAGAUGAAUGACCUCCAAAAAAGUAUUGAUGGCUGGGAAGGCAAAGACAUUGGACAGUGUUGCAAUGAAUUUGUAAUGGAGGGCAUUCUUGGUAAAGUUGGAUCUGGAGGACGUCGUUUAACAGAGAGGCAGGUUUUCCUGUUAGAUGGCCUGAUGAUACUUUGUAAGCCAAACAACAAACGUUCUAGUGUAACAGGUCCGGUAGCUGAAUAUCGUUUGAAAGAAAAGUAUUAUUUAAGAAAAAUAGAAAUUCUCGACAAAGAAGACAGCGAUGAACUGAAGAAUGCGUUUGAAAUUGCUCCACGAGAUCAGUUACAUAUUAUUUUGUUUGCCAAGACAAGUGAAGAAAAGAAUAACUGGAUGGCUAAUUUGAUCAUGCUAAAUACUAGAAGCAUGUUAGAAAGAACACUUGACAGUAUUCUAUUAGAUGAAGAAAAAAAGCAUCCACUACGUCUUCCAAAUCCAGAAGAUUACAGGUUUGCUGUGGAAGAUUCUGAAUCUAAUAUAAUUUUUGAAGAAAACAAAUCGAAUGUUAGUGUUCCUAUAAUUAAAGGAGCCACACUGCUGAAACUUGUGGAACGUUUAACCUAUCACAUGUAUGCUGAUCCUAUGUUUGUUCGAACUUUCCUCACUACCUACAGGUCUUUCUGCCAGCCACAGGAAUUGCUGGAUCUUCUAAUUGAAAGAUUUAAAAUAGUUGAUCCUCCUCCACCUCCUGUUCUUCUUGAUACAACUUUGAAUGACUCUGUUAUUGAGAGCCACAAAAAUUCUUACAGUCAAGAUAUAAAACGCUUCAAAAAAGAGUAUUGCCAACCUGUACAAUUUAGGGUUCUGAAUGUGUUACGUCAUUGGGUAGACCAUCAUUUUUAUGAUUUUGAAAGGGAUCACAUACUUCUAUCUGCACUCCAGUCUUUUUUAGAUAAAGUAGAAUAUAAAUCAAUGAGGAAAUGGGUAGAAUCAAUUAAGAAAAUCAUCAACCGACGACUUGAACCUGUUGAAGAUUCUCGUGAAAUAACUUUUACUUUUGAAAAAACACCUCCUCCAAUUGAAUGGUUUUUAAGCAACACUUAUGAGAAGUUUGAUUUAAUAACACUUCAUCCUAUAGAGCUUGCUAGGCAACUGACUCUGCUUGAAUUCGAGCUUUAUCGAGGGGUCAAGCCCUCUGAAUUGGUUGGAAGCGUGUGGACUAAAAAAGAUAAAAUGAAAACUUCACCUAACUUGUUGAAAAUGAUUCAUCAUUCAUCCAAUUUCAGCUUUUGGUUAAUGAAAUGUAUUGUUGAGACAGAGAAUUUUGAAGAAAGGUUGGCUGUUGUUUCACGAGUAUUGGAGAUUAUGAUGGUUUUACAAGAUUUGAAUAACUUUACCGGUGUUUUAGAAGUUGUGGGUGCAAUGAAUUCAGCUUGUGUUCAUAGAUUAGAACAUACCUUAAAUAAUAUCAAAUACAGUUUGAAAAAAUCCCUAGAGGAAGCUCAGGAGCUUAAUUCUGACCAUUUUAAAAAAUACCAAGAGAAAUUGAGAUCUAUUAAUCCACCCUGCGUCCCAUUCUUUGGUAUGUACUUAACAAAUAUACUUCAUAUUGAGGAAGGAAAUCCAGAUUUUAUACCUAAUGUUGAAGGAUUGAUAAACUUCAGCAAAAGGCGUAAAGUGGCAGAAAUAACUGCAGAAAUACAGCAAUAUCAAAAUCAGCCCUAUUGUCUCACCACUCAACCAGAUAUAAAGAGAUAUCUUGAAAACUUAGAUCCUCUGGAAGGAAGAACAGAGAAAGCUUUCAAUGAUUACUUGUACAAUAAAUCUCUAGAAAUAGAGCCUCGCAACUGCAAACAACCUCCCAAAUUUCCUCGAAAAUGGCCUGACCUUCCCUUGAAGUCUCCCGGCAUCAAGCCAAGGCUUUCCCGAUCAGGCCAUCAUCCAACCAGCUUGCCAUCUGAUUCCCGAGGCUUCAGUAUCAGUAGCACUCACAUAAAUCAAGAUGAUGAGGAUGCCCAGUCAUUUGUAAUUACUCCACCUAACCCAUCUACUCCAUUAACCCCUCCUUACUCUGCUAGUGGAUUCAAUAGUGACCAUAGUAUAUUUGCUCCUGUGAUGAUCGGUGGAGGUAACAUUGCAAUACCUGAAACUAGUGGUUGUUAUCCCCCCAGUCCUUCAUUUUUCAGCAGUAGCCUUCCAGCUUCUCUGCCACCCCCUCUACCCCUACCACCUUCAUUGCCACCCCCACCCUUACCGCCAAGACGAAAGAGAGAAUCCUCUGUAAGUGAAUCUUCCCCUUGUACUAAACAAGCCACGGAUGCUCCAUUGCUUCCUCCAAGGGAAACUAGUCCUCCACCGCUGCCUCCACGGAGGGAUUUAACAAGUGGUUCUGGAACUUUACCACGUAUGCACUCAGCAAGCAACUUUCCACCCGUUCAUAGGCCAUCUAAUAGUGCAUGGAGUAGCACCGACGUGACUCUGCCUCGGAGGAAUUCUGCAUUGGAUGUUGCCAACUUCCCCCUCAAUGCUCCCAGGCGCUUAUCCCAAUCUUCUCUGAAUGAUGCUCCACAAUCGUCUCCCUCAAGCUCCCAUUUUCCUUUAUCUUCUAUCCCGGUGCCCCAUCAUACGUCUGUCGGAGUUUUGGACAGUGCUAUUGCUUUAAUGCCACCUCCUUCCCAUACAACGCCACAAUUGCCACCUAAAACCCACAGACAAACACUUCUAAUGAAUAACCAUGCUCCCAGGUAGCCCAUAUUCUUUGCUAGAGACUUAAAUUAAUUAUCUUUAUGUAAAUAUGGAAGAACUUAUUUUCCUAGAAUCAAAAAAAAAUGAGCAAAAAAAUAAUAUCUUGGGAGCAUUGCUGUGUGGCAUAGUGAUGAAUUAGUUGUUUUCAUCUGUAUAUAUUGCAUACCUUGGUGUAUAUAAGUAAAUAUUAUCAGGCAAUUUGCUGAUUGAAAAA